AGGCAUUAUUGGAAUUUCUGGGACCAGACGCCUAUGGUAUGCCCCAUAUCCAAGAAGGGGGUUUCCCAACGUCAAAACGUACUCGCGAGCAGAAUAGCUCGAAAAGGAAAGUAAUUCGACAGGGGAGUAACCGCAUUGUGACGUCUGGUGCCUGUAGGCACCGCCUAAUCUUCAGCGAAACCUCUUCGACUCAGUCUCACCAUAUACUCCAUCAAUGAAUCAUGAAUCCGAUGAUAUUCUGUUAUCGCGAUACCCGCUGGUGUCUCUCAGUAAUGUUCGUGAUGCUUGUACUAGCCAAUCUGUACCCCAGACUUCUCAACGCAUCUUGGACAAAUGUUCGAUGGAUCAUUCAUCAACAUUAUCAUCCCGUUAUGAUUCAUUUGGUUCCACUAGAAACGACAAUGAUGCAGGGAAAAAAUUGAACAAAUUCAAUCUUGGAAAGAAAUCAACUUUGCAAUCGACUAAUAUUGAGAGGUACAGCAACAGGGCUACAGCUACAGCAACUGAAAUCUCACGAUUCCAUAAUACCACCAAUGCAUCUUUCAUGAAUGGAGAAUCCGAGGACAGUUGCCCUGAAAAUGAUUUGAAUGGAGAACCACAAUCACCAUCACCUACAUACAUCACUAUCCAUGAGCUGGAACCAGAGUUCGAACCUUUUAUUGUUGAUUAUAAUGACAACAAUGAUCCUGUGAACAGUGAGGUAAAAGAUGGUGAAGCUGCUGAUCCGAUAAUUGACGAUACUUCAGGCAAAAAUAACAAAAACCAAGGGAUUUGUUCACUUGGAGCUGAAUUAACCGAAUCAGACAAGAUUAAAGACAAUGCAGCAGAAAACUCGAACCCACUCCCUCAUGCAGAUCGUGACUAUGAACUAAAAAUGAAAUAAUUUGAAUUUGAAAAAGAAAAGUUGGCUAUCGAGGGAUGCAGACACACAGAGCUCCUAUCAAUUCUGGGCAAAAUUAACGAAAACCUUAUGUUACUGCUAGAAAAACGCUAAUUUCAUGA